AUGGAACUGCAUCAAAGCAAGUCAAGUCUAUCAUCAUCACUACUUCACAUCACACUUCAUACCUCACUCCGAAGUCAACAUCACAUCAAAGUCUCUACAACAACAACAACAACAACAACAACAACAACCACACACCCCAACCACAAAAUGUCCAUAACCGACUACCACCCCCGCAUCCUCUCCCUCUCCUCAUCCACACCCUCACCAUCUUCCACCGCCACCCACACACCAACAACCCAAUCCCGCCGCCCCAGCCACGAAUCCGCCCAUGAUGCGCACCACUUCGUCGCGGCCCAGGACAAGACCCACAAGACGCUCAACGGCUCCAUCAAGAAGAUGUGGCGGGAAAUCAAGCACCACGCGGUUGAGCAUCACAAGUCAGUGAAUGCGGCGUAUCAUGCGUCGUAUGGAGGUGGCGCGAGGGUUAUGGGGCCAGAGAGCAUGUACGGAAAUGCUGCACAGGGGAGGAUUGGAUCUAUCGUGUAGGAAGGACGAGCGGGAUGGGAUAUGCGAUGAGAGGAAGUAGGAGUGGGAGGGAGGAGGAAGAAGAAGAAGAAGAAGAGGAGGACUAAAAGUGCUUUUAUGUUUUUUGCUCGAAGACGCGAAUAUACCCAAAGCUCGCACACCACAACCGGAAGGUUGAUACUUAAUUACUACCAAAAGAAUCCAAACAUUUCUCAAUCGGAAACA